CGUUGGACAAAUCAGAUUUCGGGAAGUUGAGCUCUCGAUUCAGAUUCCUGUGGAAGUCUCCAGUCAAAAGCAAUUGUACAAAGUUUUGGAUCUGUGGGACUUUGUGCUGCGGACAAACCCUGCUUCUGUCAGUGGCCCCUCUCCUGCUCCAAAGUUCAUGACGGUAGCUGACGGUGACACGUUGCCGCUCGUCAUGCCCGUCCGGACGGAGUGCUGCUAUGUCUCCGACGCGGCCUACACAUCCCCGGCCUCGCUUACCCCUCCUGCCCCAAUUAACGGCCAGCAGCCCGGGGUGGCCACGUCGCUCCUCUACAGUGGCUCGCAGUUUCGGGGCUAUCAGAAGAGCAAAGGGAAUUCCUACGACGUGGAUGUCGUUUUGCAGCAUGUGACUCCAGAGGACUCUUAUUUAUGUGGAUAUUUGAAGAUCAGGGGCCUGACGGAGGAAUAUCCAACGCUCACAACAUUCUUUGCUGGUGAAAUUAUAAGCCGAAAGAGACCUUUUCUAACAAGGAAGUGGGAUGCGGAUGAAGAUGUGGACAGGAAGCACUGGGGCAAGUUUCAGCCUUUUUAUAAAUUUGCCAAAAGCUUCAACUCUGACGACUUUGACUAUGAGGCGCUGGAACACAGUGAUUAUGUCUUCAUGAGAUGGAAGGAGCAGUUCCUGGUCCCCGAUCACACCAUCAAGGACAUCAGUGGCGCAUCGUUUGCAGGCUUCUACUACAUCUGUUUCCAGAAGUCCACAGCCACAAUUGAGGGUUACUACUACCACAGGAGCUCUGAAUGGUACCAAUCACUCAGCUUAAGCCACAUCCAAGAGCACAGUAUGCCUAUUUAUGAAUUUCGCUGAAGAAAAACGACACUCAAGCGUGUUUGUCAAGGAGGAGACGGCACAUGUUGUCCUGGUCUUCAAAAAAAGAUGGAGAGCCACUAUCUGUCCGGACUGGAGCCGCCUCGGUAUCCCCACCGUCGCUCCUGAGGAGGACUCUGAGUAGAAGGCGAGUGGACAGGAUGAAGUAAACGUCUCACAGUGGUUGAAGACAUGUCUACCUGAACACUCUUUUUAAUUUGUCUUUCAUUUAAUUUGCCUGAUUUUAUUUUCAUUAUGUACUCACCUUUUCUCCCAGAAUUAGACACCAAACAACAAUUUAGCCUUAAGUUGAGAACUAUUACUUAUCUUUUUACAUACACAUUCAUUUGUGUAGCAUUUUAAAUCCAAAUCAUGUACAAUGAUGCCUGAACGCGUCCUUGAUGAUUAAUAACCUUUUAUUUGUUUCCAAAUUACAGCAAACAUUGCUUCAGGUGGGCGUUUUCCCUCCUUUUGCAAGCCUAAUCUCUGUCACAACAAGUCAAAGGAUUGAUAAAGCAUGUUGAAACAAGGAAAGAAGGCUUUUUUAUUUUUAUUGUGAGUACAAUUACGAUGAGGACUCCCAAUAUGUGACGUCACAUUCCUGGUGUGUCACUGGUGUUUUUGUGUAGGGGGUGUUGGCACAUCCGUGAUGGGUGUGCACAGAAACCACACGCGCAUUAUGAAGGUGGCGUGCGUGCGUGCGUGUGUAAAAUGCAAUUUUAAUCAUGAGUAAGAAGUCAGUUUUUCGAGAGCUGCAUUCAAACAAAAUGUUUUCCCCCCCUUUGGGGGGGGGGGGCGGAGAGGACAAUUUAAAAAAACUGAAGGUGGGGGGAAAAAAUACUUUUAAAUCUUCUUGAUGGCUUAAGUGAAACCCAUAGUGUGUGUGUCAGUCAUAACUGACAUGAAAGUGAA